AUGUUACUCAUAACUUUUGCCACAGUGCUUAUUUCCUCGGCCCUCCAAAACGGGGCCAUUUCUGAAGUCACUGAAGAAUCUAAGAUCUGCCUGGAACUUAUAUCUAAAAUAGGUGAUAUUGCCUGCAGUCUCAUUGGAGAGGGGGUAUAUUACCGACUGGGUGAAUCAAGCUGCUUAAUAUCAUGCUCGGGCGGCACUUAUCCAAUCGAGUUGCCCGAUCGUGCAUGUGAUAGAAUAUUGAAGCCGGAAAGUUGGCAAGGGUACGUUCAGGUGUUCCAUCAUCUCCCACCGAAGGAAUUUGAGUUCUGCGACGAAACGAUGACUCAAAGGCUGCAAUAUUGGCUUACAGAUUGGCAAAAACGGAAUGAGACAGCGUAUGCUACUAUCUGCAAGAGAAAGGCACGUUAG